AUGCCUCGCCGCAGCUCCGGUGGAAGAUCUGUUCGCCUAGCUCCACGUGCAGCUCCACGUCCUGCUCCAGUUCACCAAGCUCCUCCUCCUGCUCAGAGCGGUGGUGGAUCUAUGCUUGGGGGUAUUGGAUCUACAAUAGUCCAUGGAAUGGGUUUGGGCACUGGAAGUGCUGUGGCACAUAGGGCUAUGGAUGCAAUCAUGGGACCGCAAACAAUUGAUGUCGUUGGGAAAGAUGCUGCUGCUGCCCCUGUACCUCCCGCUAAUAGUAUGGAUGCAUGCAACAUUCAGUCAGAGGCAUUUCAGGAUUGCAUCAACAGCUAUGGAAGCGAUAUUAGCAGGUGCCAGUUUUACAUGGACAUGCUUGCAGAAUGCAGAAAGAACAAUGGUGCCCCAAUGAGUGCUUGA